CCGUCACAGCAAAUCAGUUCUUUCAGCGCUUCCUGGAUUUCGCUACCCGUUUUGAGACUAAGGGGCGGGGCUUUGCGAGCAGGGUGCCUAUUGGCUUGAGGUCCCGCAGGCUCUGGGCGCUAAUUGGCCGGAGGGCGGUGGCGUUCUGGCACGCUUGCGCGGCGAGUAGAACGUGUGGCGGCGGCGGAGAUCGCGUCUCCUUUUUCGUUCCCAGUCCCGCUGCUGCUCUUGUGAGCGCCCGGCGUGUCCGUCCAGUCCAUCGCCCGCAGCCAGUCACCUGUCUGAUUCUCGCCGCGGCGGCCUCUCACCAACACCGACACCCACAUUGACACCUUCAAGCUGGUCCGCCGCCUUACUCGUUGUCUUUCCAUCUCUACACAUGGCCUCCUCCGCGCAGAGCGGCGGCUCCUCCGGGGGACCCGCGGUCCCCACCGUGCAGCGGGGCAUUGUCAAGAUGGUCCUUUCAGGGUGUGCCAUCAUCGUCAGAGGGCAGCCUCGGGGGGGCCCUCCCCCCGAGAGGCAGAUCAACCUCAGCAACAUUCGAGCUGGAAACCUUGCUCGCCGGGCGGCUGCCACACAGCCAGAUGCCAAAGAUACCUCGGAUGAGCCCUGGGCAUUUCCUGCACGAGAGUUCCUUCGGAAGAAGCUGAUUGGGAAGGAAGUCUGUUUCACGAUAGAAAAUAAGACUCCGCAGGGGCGAGAGUAUGGCAUGAUCUACCUGGGAAAAGAUACCAGUGGGGAAAACAUUGCAGAGUCCCUGGUUGCAGAGGGCUUGGCCACCCGGAGAGAAGGCAUGAGAGCUAUUAAUCCUGAGCAGAACCGGCUUUCUGAAUGUGAGGAACAAGCGAAGGCAGCUAAGAAAGGGAUGUGGAGUGAGGGGAAUGGUUCACAAACUAUCCGGGACCUCAAGUAUACCAUUGAGAACCCAAGGCAUUUUGUGGACUCACACCACCAGAAGCCUGUCAAUGCUAUCAUCGAGCACGUACGAGAUGGCAGUGUGGUCAGGGCUCUGCUCCUCCCAGAUUACUACCUGGUUACCGUCAUGCUGUCAGGGAUCAAGUGCCCAACUUUUCGACGGGAAGCAGAUGGCAGUGAAACACCAGAGCCUUUCGCUGCAGAGGCCAGAUUUUUCACCGAGUCUCGACUGCUUCAGCGAGAUGUUCAGAUCAUUCUGGAGAGCUGCCACAACCAGAACAUUCUGGGCACUAUCCUUCAUCCAAACGGCAAUAUCACAGAGCUCCUCCUGAAGGAAGGUUUUGCACGCUGUGUGGAUUGGUCGAUUGCAGUGUACACUCGGGGUGCAGAAAAGCUGAGGGCAGCUGAGAGGUUUGCCAAGGAGCGCAGGCUGAGAAUAUGGAGAGACUAUGUGGCUCCUACUGCUAACUUGGACCAAAAGGACAAACAGUUUGUUGCCAAGGUGAUGCAGGUGCUGAAUGCUGAUGCCAUUGUCGUGAAGCUGAACUCUGGCGACUACAAGACCAUCCACCUGUCCAGCAUCCGACCGCCAAGGCUGGAGGGAGAAAACACACAGGAUAAGAACAAGAAACUACGUCCCCUGUAUGACAUUCCCUACAUGUUUGAAGCACGGGAAUUUCUUCGAAAGAAGCUUAUUGGGAAAAAGGUCAAUGUGACUGUGGACUACAUUAGACCAGCCAGCCCAGCCACAGAGACGGUGCCUGCCUUUUCAGAGCGUACCUGUGCCACUGUCACCAUUGGAGGAAUAAACAUUGCUGAAGCCCUUGUCAGCAAAGGUCUAGCCACAGUGAUCAGAUAUCGGCAAGAUGACGAUCAGAGAUCCUCUCACUAUGACGAGCUGCUUGCCGCCGAGGCCAGAGCUAUUAAGAAUGGCAAAGGAUUGCAUAGCAAGAAGGAAGUGCCUAUCCACCGCGUCGCAGACAUAUCUGGGGAUACCCAAAAAGCAAAGCAGUUCCUGCCCUUUCUCCAGCGGGCAGGCCGUUCUGAAGCUGUGGUGGAAUAUGUCUUCAGUGGUUCUCGUCUCAAGCUAUAUUUGCCAAAGGAAACUUGCCUUAUCACCUUCUUGCUCGCAGGCAUCGAAUGCCCCAGAGGAGCCCGAAACCUCCCAGGCUUGGUGCAAGAGGGAGAGCCCUUCAGUGAAGAAGCAACGCUUUUCACCAAGGAACUGGUGCUGCAACGAGAGGUGGAGGUGGAGGUGGAGAGCAUGGACAAGGCGGGCAACUUCAUCGGCUGGCUGCACAUCGACGGUGCCAACCUGUCCGUCUUGCUGGUGGAGCACGCGCUCUCCAAGGUCCACUUCACUGCGGAGCGCAGCUCCUACUACAAAUCCCUGCUGUCUGCCGAGGAGGCCGCCAAGCAGAAGAAGGAGAAGGUCUGGGCCCACUAUGAGGAGCAGCCCGUGGAGGAGGUGACACCUGUGCUGGAGGAGAAGGAGCGCUCAGCCAGCUACAAGCCGGUGUUCGUGACCGAGAUCACUGACGACCUGCACUUCUACGUGCAGGAUGUGGAGACCGGCACCCAGCUGGAGAAGCUGAUGGAGAAUAUGCGAAAUGAUAUCUCCAGCCACCCUCCUGUCGAGGGCUCCUACGCCCCACGCCGGGGAGAAUUCUGCAUUGCCAAAUUUGUAGACGGAGAAUGGUACCGGGCCCGAGUAGAGAAAGUCGAGUCUGCUGCCAAAGUGCACGUCUUCUACAUUGACUACGGCAACAGAGAGAUCCUGCCGUCCACCCGCCUGGGUACCCUGCCUCCUGCCUUCAGCACUCGUGUGCUGCCCGCUCAAGCCACGGAGUAUGCCUUCGCCUUCAUCCAGGUGCCCCAAGAUGAGGAUGCUCGGACAGACGCCGUGGACAGCGUGGUACGGGAUAUCCAGAACACUCAGUGCCUGCUCAACGUGGAACACCUGAGUGCCGGCUGUCCCCACGUCACCCUGCAGUUUGCUGACUCCAAGGGGGACGUGGGGCUGGGCUUGGUGAAGGAGGGACUGGUCAUGGUGGAGGUGCGCAAGGAGAAGCAGUUCCAGAAAGUGAUCACAGAGUACCUGAACGCCCAGGAGUCGGCCAAGAGUGCCAGGUUGAACCUGUGGCGCUAUGGAGACUUCCGAGCCGAUGACGCAGACGAGUUCGGCUACAGCCGCUAAGGAGAGAAUCGGGUCCAGCCCCCACCCCGCACCGCUCACGCCAGCACCUCCUCCUCUGCCGGGACGGUGUUCCAGCUCCAGACCCCAAAUCAGGGGUGUAGAUUGGGUCCAGCUUUGCUUCGGUGUAUAGAAAUGUCUUGUAGGGCACCAUCUGGACUGGGGUGGGGUGCAGGGAGCCUGAGGCUUUCAGGGGACGAGCCAUUGUCUUCUGAGAUGACGAGCAUCGCUGUCCACAGACGCCCAACAGAUUUUGUUUUUUUAUUUGGAUGGGGGUUUGUGUUUUUUUUUUUUUUUAAUUGUCCUCAAAUCAGGAAGAAACAUGAAAGACUUUGUCCUAAUGGAGGACAUCAUCCUGGUACCCGAGGCCAGCUGCCAGCUGGUACCCCACUUCUGUUCCAGACUGCCCUUCUUCCCAGCUCUCUGUCCAGCUGUUGAUUACGUGAUUUCUCUGAUAUGUCCAUUCUCAAAUGCCAGCGUGUCCACAUCUGCCCCCUCACCAGUCCUCCCCUUUUCUGUAUUUAAAGCUUUUAAGGCCCAAUAAAAUAGUACAUGCUCUCUGCA